AAUCUUAAUUAACAAUUCCCAAUGUAAUGAAAUUGUUGUUGAAGAAGUAAAGUACAAAAUUGGAAGAAUAAAAAUUGAAGUAUACCCUAUACUUCGUUUAAUUGUGCGAUUUUUCUCCAUGGAAACAUUUUCUCAAUCGAUAAUUUCUCCCUCGCCAUAUUUACAUCCACUUUGACAAACAUUCGUUGUCAUCAGGCGGCUUUCUUUCGUAUUUUUCAAGAACCUUUUCUUCUCAAUUGUGUAGUGAAAAACAAAUCCAUUCCAUCAUGUUCUUUUAUCAACCCCCUGCCAGUGAGAUGAGCAGCGAAAUGGAGAGCGAAGGCACUGUUGUUGAUAGUAGAACCAUCAGAUUUGUCGAAAGGCAUACAGUAAUUCAAGAACGUAGGAGGAAAACUAUGAAGGCUCCAAAAAAAAUAAUAUACGAUGAACCUGAUGAUCCGGAACUGGAUGAAAUAUUAUCAAUUGGCUCAAUGGAAAUAGAUCCAGAAAUGUGUCAGCUCAGCCAAUUGGUAGCAGUAACAAUGGCCUCCAUAAUGGAUGACGCAGCCGAAUCAUGUUUCAUAAUGGGUAAGACCUUUGGCUUACCUAAUGUACACAUCGACAUGUCCCAUAAAACAUUGCAAGAUAGGAAUGAAUUGCUGAGAUCACAUAGCACCCUCUUCAAUCCCGAAACUUUAGAAGAUUAUUCCAAAACGCAAAAUGCUUACAUGAUUAAGAAGCUCCAUGGGGAUAUAAUAUUUCUGCAGACUAUACUAGCUAAAGGUGUCAAGAGUCUCAUGACAGACUAUAACUACCAUCCCUGGCUCAUGUGUAUAGACAAUUAUGAAUUGGAAUUGGAACAAGAUUCCAGAUUGUUAGAUAUGGUUGAAAGAAAGAAACAAAAAUUGCAACAACUCAAGGAUAAAUUGCAUUCUGACAAGAUUCAGUGCCAACUCGAUUGUGACAAAUUGUCUUUAGCUAUUGGAAAGGCUAGAGAUGAAAUGGAGGAUUUUAUAAUACAAUCAGAAAUCAAAAGAAAUUAUUUGGAAAAUUGGGAAAAGUCCAGGAGACAACAGAAUAAUCGGCUGAAAACAGGAAGAGAAGAUAUAUACCAAGAAAAAAUCAGAAAGGCUCAAACAGAUAGUCGCAAAGAAAAUCGUGUCCACUUAGAAAUAGGAGCAUACAUGGCUGAAUAUUUCAAGGAUAUAGAGAAUUCUAUACAAGAUUGGAUGAACACUUAUGAUAAGGAUAUUGAAACGAAAGAGGAAGAUAUAUUAAAAAUGGGAUUUGACAUUGAGAAUCUCACUAAUGACCUGAAAAGUUUAAAUGAAACGUAUGAUAAGAGACAAGAAGAAAUGAAUAACUGGCUGGAAAGGAAGGCGGAAAAACGAAGAAUUGAAGAAGAACUGCGAUUUUUGAACAGAAUGGCUACCAGAAUUCAGGCAUGGUGGCGGGGAACUAUGGUCAGAAAGAAGUUGGGUCCUUACAGACCAGCAUCGAAGAAAAAAAAUAAGAAAAAGAAGAAAUGAACUUCUGAAUUUAAAUUGUAGAUCGAAAAGUAUUUAAUAAAAUAUUUGAAAACUUUGAACUGAA